GAUUCUGCAGAACCUGUCAGACAACAUACUGGGACCUCACUAAUGCCUCACUAAAAAAUCUACGGCAGGUUUGCACAGAAGUGCUAUGUCUGAUAUGGGCUUCACCUGGUAUCCAGUGAUACUUGCGGAGGAAUCGAGGAAACGAUGAGUGAGGUUUUGUUAUGGAUGAGCUCCUAUGGCAAGUCGAAGCUCAGUCUGGACAGGACUACAGUAAACUUCGUGAGAAAUGACAAUAUCCUGAAACAUCAGCUGGGUCAACAGCUUCGCAGUGAAAAUCUGAAUAUCUACAGCGUGAAAAUCCAUACGUAACAUAACGUCAUUCACGAGGAACUACCAAAAUGAAUGCUCGUUUUAGCGACGAAAGGAAGCGAGAUACUAAAUUAUAUGUAUUAUCAUUAUUAAUAGAGAGAGGGGAGAGAAUUCAUUUGGAUUAAUGAUUUAAUUCAGCGUGUAUUAUUUUACGACUGCGUCUCGUCUACAAAAAUUUGCAUUUACUGUACGUGACAGGCCUGCUUUGCAUAAUCUUUUCCCCGAAGAAAAAUGUUUAGACACUUCCUUGUAUGCAGUUCAGGGCAUGCUCUUUUGUUGACUCAGUGUCAAAAAUAUCCGCGAGAAGGAAAACACGGAGCCUAGAAACUGAAUACCGGUAGAGCACAAUGGAGUCUUUCAUAGGCCCGAGCAUCCCGAUAGAGACUGACGAGUCCAUGACCGUGCAGGAGUUGGUGAACAAACUGAAGCAGCAGCAGUGCUUGGCAGACAGUGGCUGUGAAUCGCGAGUAAGAGACGGCUUCGCAGCUCCCAGACUCACGGUUAACGAACACAGACAGCCUUGCGAGGGGAAUAUUGACUGGAGACAGCGCUGGAUGAGCCUCGGGGGAGUUUCCUGUCCAACAUCAUCAAGCUCACAGUACAUCGAUGGAUCUCAGCCCCAAAGGGCGGAACCAAAAUCAUUUCCCGACCCUCCAAGCUUCUCCCAGAUCCCUGUGGAGACAAGACUCCGCAAUCACGGACAACAAGGGUGUAGUGGGGAGGGUUCGAGGAAUACCACUGGCUUCUGCCCAGACUGGCAGGAUUUGAUCAGACCUGUGGACCCCCCGAGCAAGGACACAGGUUAUGAAUCCCAGACUCAGAAGGAUAUAUGUGAAAUCGACCCGCCUCUUCCCUUGCGCUCUGAUAUUGAAUAUUAUGACUUUCGCAUGGAACAACAAAGCUGUGAUCCCAUGAAGCAACGUGGCACUGCUGGUCAUCAGCAGUUUCCAGGGGAAAGUAACGAUCCCGGGAAGUGUGCCCCCCCGGUGCCUUUCGGCUAUUCUCAGCACCCGUAUUACCACUCUAAACUUGACAAAAGAGGUAUCUCAAGCCCAAAUCGCAGGCCCCAACCCGAAGGCCCCCCCAGAGCUGCCGUCGCCGUCAACGCUCUGUGUUCUGCUCCCUCACCGGCAGAGGUCAUGUCUGAGGUCUGCAUGGUCCCGGUGUCACCGCAGUCUCCCGGCAGGGGUGAGGCCUGCUCCCAGGAACCAGGCAUAAAGAAGACCAUCAGCCUGCCUAAUGAAUACCGGAAUGUUUUUGUGACGUACUCUAUGGAUACAGCCCCUGAAAUGGUUCCUUUUGUUGAGUUUCUGACCAAACAUGGCUUCUGUCCGGCGAUUGACAUAUUUGACAAUCCCGUUAGACGCAUGGAUAUCAACAUGUGGAUGGACAGCUAUUUGAAAGAUAAAUCAGUGCUUAUAAUCAUAGCCAUCAGUCCCAAGUACAAGAUGGACGUUGAGGGAUCUGGCCGCGAUGUGCAUGGCCUGCACACCAAAUACAUCCACUCCAUGAUGCAGCACGAGUUUAUCCAGCAGGGCAGCCUAAACUUCAGAUUCAUCCCUGUUCUCUUUGUGAACGCGACCCAGAAACAUGUACCGGGCUGGCUUCAGAACACACGGAUCUACAGGUGGCCCCGCGAUGCAGAGGACAUUCUCCUUAGGCUGCUCCGUGAAGAGAGGUACAUCCCUCCACCCCUGGCUCCCACGCUUACUCUCACCAUCCGCCCUGUGGGUUUGGACCACGCCAUCACCAUGUAACCACUGAAACAAUCCCCCACUUCUGUAAACUAUUCAUGAUUAAAAACAGUCCAAACCUCCUGUCUAUAUUAAACUACUGUUAUAGACUUUCUGUUCUGUUAUGGAAGUACUGUUACAUUGCCAAACUGUUAUUACAUAUUGUUAUUACAUAAUGUAAACCUACCAAACACAAUUUUUUUUUACCAUUAUUGUUUAAGGAAUUCAAGUUUUAAGGCCCCAAUAAUAAGUCCAUAAUAGAAUUUCAAAUCAAUAGUUUGACUUAAAGAUCGCAUGAGCUGUAAUGAUAUGUCAAUGAAUGUCAUUGUCAAUGAGUAGUAAAGUGUUUUCACUGCUGCAUUUGAAAAUAAAUUCAUUUUAUUGUAA